GCGCAAGUCAACCAACCACAGCGAAUCACGCAACGUUAGCCGAGUAGCUAACGUCAGUGUAACUGACAAUGGACCUGCCACAUCAUGGACAUCGAGCAAAAACAAGCAAUGGAAUACAUCGAUCAGCCACAACAUUAAAACGACCAGAGGCCACUGCCAUCAGGGAAUACCAUUGCCAUAAAGGAGUUUACUUGGUCUACAACAAUGUUUAGGUAGUUGGUAUGUGGAAAAAGUAACAUCUACAUGAAUGCCAGGACCCAAGAUUUCCCAGCAGAACAUUACCCAGAGCAACACACUGCCUCCGGCGGCUCGCUUUUUUUUCCAUAGUGCAACCUGGUGCCAUCUCUUCCCCAGCAAAACCAAGAGCUCGUGCAGCCCCCCCCACAGGAGAUCCUCUUCUGUUUGAAGAUACCAGCUCCUCAGCACAAGCAGUGAAUAGUCAGGCAUACUACACUCCUGGGUACAAUAUGGCUGGACCUUCAACUGGUCCUCAAGGGGGAGCUGGAAUCAACGUGUUUUCUGACCCAAUGGCCAAUGCUGCGAUGAUGUAUGGCUCUUCCCUGGCCAACCAGGGAAAGGAUAUGGUUAACAAAGAGAUCAGCAGAUUUAUGUCUGUGAACAAGCUGAAAUAUUUCUUUGCUGUUGACACCAGAUAUGUCAUGAAGAAACUUAUGCUCCUCAUGUUCCCCUAUACACAUCAGGACUGGGAAGUUCGCUACCAUCGAGACACUCCACUUACACCAAGACAUGAUGUGAAUGCACCUGAUCUUUAUAUACCAACAAUGGCUUUCAUAACCUACAUUUUGCUUGCCGGAAUGGCCCUUGGCAUUCAAAAAAGGUUCAGUCCAGAGGUGCUUGGGUUGUGUGCCAGCACUGCUCUAGUAUGGAUCAUCAUUGAGGUGUUGGUGAUGUUGCUGAGUCUUUACCUGCUGACUGUACACACUGACCUCUCAACUUUUGAUCUGAUCGCCUACAGCGGCUACAAAUAUGUUGGGAUGAUCUUCACAGUGCUUUGUGGCUUACUGUUUGGCAGUGAUGGCUAUUUUGUGGCUCUUGCCUGGUCCUCCUGUGCCCUCAUGUUCUUUAUUGUCCGUUCUCUGAAAAUGAAGAUUCUGUCGUCCCUGUCGUCUGACGCGAUGGGGGCUGGAGCAAGUGCCAAACCUCGUCUCCGCUUGUAUAUAACUGUGGCUACUGCUGCCUUUCAGCCAGUUAUAAUAUACUGGCUAACCUCUCACUUGGUGAGGUGACCAUGAGGAGUGCAUGAUACCCUGGAGUCUAUUCGAAUUGGACCCACCAAACAAUCUGUGGAUGCCCACAUACAAACCUGUUGGAGUGUCACACCUGCCUUUCAUGCCCUUGUCAGUCAGCUCAAAAUGUAUGUACUUACAAGCUUGAGCUUUAACUUGUGUUUAGCUUGUCAGAUGGAGGAGUUCAUAACAAACUGGCUUUACUGAUUUACCAGUAUAGUGCAAGAUUGUGUUCUAGACAGAAAUUGUCUUUGCUGGAGGCCUUUUGCUUUUCCCCAUAAGUGUAACGCUGACAAAUGUUUUUGGUGACCUCAACUUAAAGAACAACAUUAUAAGAUGUGUUCAAUUAUAUUUCAAAAUAUUACUCUGACAAGUAAAAUUCACUCUUCUACAAUAUCUCUGGAUAUACUCCAGUACGUACCCCCCUCUACCAGCAAAAACACUCAAUGUCUGAGUACCUAAUUUCUGGUAUGGUAAUUUUGCUUAAUUAUCUACAUUUAUCUUGUGAAUCCUUGUUUUAUUUAUCAAAAUUUGACAGCAUGGCAAUGUUUUGAUUGGUUUUUGUUUUUGUUUUUUGUAGAAAAAUAAAUAUAUAUAGCCUUAUGGAUCAA